AUGUCUUCGAGGGAGUACUUCCAGCGGCUGCCCGCUGUGCUGCGUCGGUUCUUCGAGCGGUACCCUCCUAGUGCGCUGUCCUCUGGAAGUCCCAGCCCCUUCGUCGCGAGAGUGAACUCCUCGACGGGCCGGUACGCGGACCCUGUUUACUCACGGCGAAGGAUGGCUCAAGUGUACAAGCUGGCCGCGCAGUGGUCCCUCACGGACUUGCUGCCGGCUCUCCCCCGCGGGAAGCUGUUCUUCGAGGAGAAGUACGCUGCGAGACCGCUGCUGAAAGGUGUCGCUGCUCCAAGAGGGCACCUACACGAACUGGGGCGCAGGUCUGGGAGACCGCCAGUCGCCUCGCCUGAACAGAUAGACGCUGCUCUUGCUGCAGCGGGGAAGAAGAGGGCCAAGCGGCCGAAGCACCCGAAGCAGAACCGGUGGGUCUAG